CUUUGCAUGUUGCCAAUCCCAAGAUGGCGGUAGGUGAAUGACAAGCGGGUCACAGAAGUGUGUGUGGCCGGGCCAUGUUGUUCAGUGUCAGUCGCUGUGUGUUGUGCGGUGUUCGUACGGUUCCCCGGAGCCUGUGGGGCAGACGCUGUAAUGUCCUCCCUGGACUGGUCUCCGGAGUGCAGUGGAAGCGCAGUGUAGCGGCUGAUACCCGGCGCCAUCCAGGCUUGGAAGAACUGAUAAGGAGCGACGUGUGGAGCGGAUACAUACAACGAUGGGAAGCGGAGGCGGCUCACACUGCAGACACAGGAACCGACCAGCAGAGGGCAGCACCGUGGGAAGGUGGAGGAGGGAAGGUGGCCCGGAGGAAUCCGCAUAUCCUACCUGUGAUAAGAGAGCUGAGAGCUAAGGAGAAAGAGCUGAGUGAUCUCCAAGAGCUCCUGGCAGAUGAAAAUGAAGAUUUGAAGGCACUUGCAAACACAGAAGUAGCAUCUUGUGUUGAAGAAAUAAUGAACCUAAAAUACCAGAUAGCUUGGCUUUUAAUUCCAAGAGAUGAAGUGGACGACUGUAAUCUUAUUCUGGAGCUUACAGCUGGUGUCGGAGGACAGGAGGCAAUGCUUUUUACUGCUGAAAUAUUUGACAUGUAUCGGCGUUAUGCUACUUAUAAAAAUUGGAGCUUUGACAUAUUGGAAUACCACCACAGUGAUCUGGGUGGAGUGCGACAUGCAUCAGCAAGCGUAGGAGGUUUGGAUGCCUAUAGAGGCUUAAAAUAUGAAGGUGGAGUGCACAGAGUUCAGCGAGUGCCAAAGACUGAGAAACAAGGAAGAAUCCACACAAGUACUAUGACUGUAGCAGUAUUGCCUCAACCAAGUGAGAUACAUUUUACAAUUAAUCCCAAAGACUUGCGUAUAGAAACAAAAAGGGCCAGCGGUGCUGGGGGACAGCAUGUUAAUACUACAGACAGCGCAGUACGAAUUGUUCACAUUCCGACAGGUACAGUUGCUGAAUGUCAGCAAGAACGAUCUCAGAUCAAAAAUAAAGAUACUGCAAUGAAAGUUCUUCGAGCAAAGUUAUACAAUAUGAAAUUAGAAGAACAGACAAAUAAAAGACAGAGUGUAAGAAAAAUACAGGUAGGCACAAAAGGACGAUCAGAAAAAAUUCGCACAUACAACUUCACGCAGGAUCGGAUUACAGACCACCGUAUUAGCAAGUCUAUGCACAAUAUAGAAGAAUUUAUGCUUGGUGAUGAACUUUUAGAUGAAAUCAUUCAGGCUCUCAGUGAUUUUGCCGACUAUGAAUCUCUUGUGGAAAUUAUUUCAAAUUAAAAUGUUAUUGCUUGUAUUUAA